CAGACACAGCCUCAGAAGCCACGAAGGAUCACGUUUGUCGUAUACUCCACUGUUUGAAGCAGUCACGAUCUCCCACCCAGAUACAAGUGGAGGGAACACAGAUCUCAGUGAGAGGAAUGUCAGUCACAUUGUAAGAACAGCCUCGUGGGAAGGUGCUGCCAUUUUUGGAAAUACAAUCUAAUUCCUAGCAACUCAUUCUUUUUUUUUUUUUUUUUUUUUUUGCUGUACGCGGGCCUCUCACUGUUGUGGCCUCUCCCGUUGCGGAGCACAGGCUCCGGACGCGCAGGCUCAGUGGCCAUGGCUCACAGGCCCAGCCGCUCCGUGGCAUGUGGGAUCUUCCCGGACCGGGGCACGAACCCGUGUCCCCUGUAUCGGCAGGCGGACUCUCAACCACUGCGCCACCAGGGAAGCCCGCAACUCAUUCUUUUAAUUUCCAAACUGGAAGAUACUUGGUCAAAUAUUUCCCACCACAAAAAUGUAAUAUAAGAUUGGAACUGCUGGAAUGAUAGGGGGAUCACACAUUUAUCUCCCUAAACUAGAGUCUAGUUCCAGUAAUUAUUUAAUCAUAUAUCUUUCAUUUAUUGUAGCUUCCCCGGAAGUAAAUAUCUUAAGAAAAAUGAUUUCCCUUAUAUUUAUUAUGACCUUCAAAACUGCUGAUCCUAAAUCUGACUAUACACAAAGUUGGUAUAUUCCUCUUAAUGCCUUCUCAGUACUUAGGAUGGUCACCAGGAAGAUGAGUGGCUAGAAAUGCCUUUACUGCAUUGUAGGUGAUGACCUCUAGAUGUCAAAUCUGGACACAAGACCUGACCAUUUGAACAGGAGAGCCGUAUUUCUUGCAGGUGGUACUCUUUAAGUAUUAGUCAAUGUCAUAUAUUCUUCAUUGAAUUUAGUGCUGGAAGAAUGUAUGCAUCAGGUGUUUUUUAUUUCUCUCACAACUUUACAUUUAAUUUCUGAUCCUGGAAAUUAUAUUUACCUGUAUAUAACAUCUACCCCUUUUAAACUAAAAAUCCUGCCUCUCCAUGUUUACAUAAGAAAUUCAGUUGUUCGUAGUUUGGAAACUAGAAAUGGAACGGGCCUCAGAAGGAAAGAAGAUAACAUCCAGAGCCAGUCUUCACAGCAUAAAGGCGGAGGGGGAGUAAGUUCUCAGGCCUGAGAAACACUGCUCUUCUAUUCAUGUGCUAGAUGGUUCCUGGCCCUGUGCAUCAGAUCAAUGUGUCAGUUCAAGAAACUCUGGUCUUGAACUUGAACAGAAAGAGAAGUGGAACCCAAAGAACUAGCUGCAAACUUCUGCUUCUUGGGGGUUACAAUUCUGCAAUUUAAAAAGCAUAAUUUGUUUCCCACACCUUAACUUCCCUCUCGCAGACAGGAGAGCAGGUCUGUAUCAUCACUCUCUUUUAAGGCACUGCCUCGCUCCAUUGCCCAGCAUACAGGACGAUUUAGUCAGUCCUGGAUUGAACUGCUGCUGUCCGUACAGGGUGUGUGUAGCUAGCAGAGCUCAGUAUGGCAGCAUUCGACUUCACAGGAGCCAAGUGUCACAACAGAGGAAGAGAACGUGUGUCUGUCCUCAUCCGAGCAUGUUUCAGUUUUGAUGCAUCGCAGGAAGAGGACACUGGUGCUUUAUUAAGGGGGAAACUGAAUAAGGUAAUGUGCUUUACUGAUGUUGGCUUGUUUGGAAAACAGGAAUAUGAAUCCAUUUAACCUUAAGUUUUUGCACAGGCUCCGGACGCGCGGGCUCAGCGGCCAUGGCUCACGUGCCCAGCCGCUCCGCGGCAUGUGGGAUCUUCCCAGACCGGGGCACGAACCCGUGUCCCCUGCAUCGGCAGGCGGACUCCCAACCACUGCGCCACCAGGGAAGCCCUAGCCUUAAGUUUUAACUUUUUUCUCACAAGUUGAAUAUUUAAAGUGUGGCUCAAAAUUAAUGAUUAUUGAUUCCAUCAACAUUAAUAUAGUCAAAUCUUGCUCAUUUUGUUUAACGUAUAGUAUAUCUUUUCCUAUCCUUUUACUUUCUAUCUUUCUGUGUCGUAUCUGAAAUGAAUUUCUUACAGACAGCAUAUUGUUGGUUCAUGGUUUUUCAUUCUCUUUGCAAAUUUCUGUCUUGUAAUUACUGUAUUUAGACUACUUAUAUUUAAGGUAAUUUUUUGUUUGUUGUUUGUUUUGGCCACACCGCCCGCAUGGCAUGUGGGAUCUUAGUUCCCCAACCAGGGAUCUAACCUGUGCCCCCCUCAGUGGAAGCACGGAGUCUCAACCACUGGAUUGCCAGGGAAGUCCCUAAGACUAAUGUCUCCUGAGAGCGAAUGAGUCAUAGAACCUGAAGGAGCAACUGCAGUUCUUCUGAAACACCCAGAGAGAGGCAACGACAGACCAUGGGCAGCAUCGAACAAACAACUGAGAUCCUGUUGUGUCUCUCACCUGCUGAAGUUGCCAAUCUCAAGGAAGGGAUCAAUUUUGUUCGAAAUAAGAGCACUGGCAAAGAUUACAUCUUAUAUAAAAGUAAGAGCCACCUGCGAGCAUGCAAGAAUAUGUGCAAGCACCAAGGAGGCCUGUUCAUAAAAGACAUCGAGGAUUUAGACGGAAGGUCUGUUAGAUGCACAAAACACAACUGGAAGUUGGAUGUGAGCACCAUGAAGUAUAUCAAUCCUCCAGGCAGCUUCUGUCAAGACGAACUGGUUGUGGAAAAGAAUGAAGAAAAUGGACUUUUGUUUCUAGAACUGAAUCCUCCUAACCCCUGGGAUUCAGAGCCCAGAUCUCCUGAAGAUUUGGCUUUUGGGGAAGUGCAGAUAACAUACCUGACUCAUGCCUGCAUGGACCUCAAGCUGGGAGACAAGAGGAUGGUGUUUGACCCUUGGUUAAUCGGUCCUGCUUUUGCCCGAGGAUGGUGGUUACUGCAUGAGCCUCCAUCUGACUGGCUGGAGAGGCUGUACCAAGCGGACCUAAUUUACAUCAGUCACAUGCACUCAGACCAUCUGAGUUACCCCACACUGAAGAAGGUUGCUGGAAGAAGACCAGAUAUUCCCAUUUAUGUUGGAAACACGGAAAGACCUGUCUUUUGGAAUCUGAAGCGGAGUGGUGUCCAGUUGACUAAUAUCAAUGUAGUGCCAUUUGGAAUAUGGCAGCAGGUAGACAGAAAUCUUCGAUUCAUGAUCUUGAUGGAUGGCGUUCAUCCUGAGAUGGACACUUGCAUUAUCGUGGAAUACAAAGGUCAUAAAAUACUCAAUACAGUGGAUUGCACCAGACCCAAUGGGGGAAGGCUGCCUAUGAAGGUUGAUCUAAUGAUGAGUGAUUUUGCCGGAGGGGCAUCAGGCUUUCCGAUGACUUUCAGUGGUGGAAAAUUUACUGAGGAAUGGAAAGCCCAAUUCAUUAAAACAGAAAGGAAGAAACUCCUGAACUACAAGGCUCGGCUGGUGAAGGACCUACAACCCCGAAUUUAUUGCCCUUUUGCUGGGUACUUCGUGGAAUCUCACCCAUCAGACAAGUAUAUUAAAGAAACAAACAUCAAAAAUGACCCAAAUGAACUCAACAACCUUAUCAAGAAAAAUUCUGAUGUGUUAACAUGGACCCCACGACCUGGAGCCACUCUUGAUCUGGGAAGGAUGCUAAAGGAUCCAACAGACAGGAAAGGCAUCAUAGAGCCUCCAGAGGGGACUAAAAUUUACAAGGAUUCCUGGGACUUUGGACCAUAUUUGAGAAUCUUGAAUGCUGCUGUAGGAGAUGAAAUAUUUCGUCACUCAUGCUGGAUAAAAGAAUACUUCACUUGGGCUGGAUUUAAGGAUUAUAACCUGGUGGUCAGGAUGAUUGAGACAGAUGAGGACUUCAGCCCUUUUCCUGGAGGAUAUGACUAUUUGGUUGACUUUCUAGAUUUAUCCUUUCCAAAAGAAAGACCAAGCCGGGAACAUCCGUAUGAGGAAGGUUCUGUACUCAACCCACCGAACACAUCUGCUAGCACCGCUUCUCCGACGCCAAAAAUCCAUAGGUCCUGCCCAGACCUUGCCCAGCUCCCGCCAACUCUGUCCAGCUUCAGAUUCACUAGAGUUAAUCACCUGCUGGAUAUCAUCACCUGGAUAUCCAAAUCCCUGAUUCGGAGCCGGGUUGAUGUUAUCAGACACGUGGUGAAGAAUGGUCUGCUCUGGGAUGACUUGUAUAUAGGAUUCCAAACCCGGCUGCAGCGGGAUCCUGACAUAUACCAUCAUCUGUUUUGGAACCAUUUUCAAAUAAAACUCCCCCUAACACCACCCAACUGGAAGUCCUUCCUGAUGUACUGUGGGUAGAGAGGACCUGAGAUUUCCCAGUUCACAGGGAUACCAAGCAACAUGAAAAAUUCAAGUAUUUACUGAUGCUACAUCUUGAACAUAGACACUUAUACCAAAGAGACCAUGCCUUAUUGACAUCAGCAGUGGAUAAUUACAUGUUGCAUUUGUGAAAUGUUCACGUAUCUUAUGUUUGUUGGAUCACUACAUAGAUUAUUAAUAUUUUACUUAUUCCGUCCAUAAUUUUCUAUAAAAGAACCAAUGAACGCAAUAGGAACAACUUCUCUGUGGAAAAGAAAGAUAACAGGAGAUGUAAAUCCAAGCACAGAAGAAAUAGAACGGGUGGAGAAAAGGUUUCCUAGAAGACAGUGAAGAAAAAGGAAGGGGGUGGGGGAGCAGAAGUUAAGCUAGAAGAAGAGAAGAAAGAAGAGAAAUAGAUAAAUGAGAGGCUAUAAGAAGAAAAUAGGGAAGAGAAAAAAUUAAGAUGGAACUUAAAAAGGAGAAUGUAAAAACAGACAUUUUGUUCCUUAAUAGAUUGAUUCCCCAAACAGAGUCUGUGAAUCUAAUUGAGUAAGAAGUGUUCAUGAGCUGUUUUCAAUUUUUCAAAAAGCUUUGUUGAAAUCAUCUAUUUACCAAAACAAGGCUGCAGAGGCUACCCUAAAAUGUAAUACUUUCAUUGGAACUGAAAGUAUUUUAAUUCGGUAACAAAAUCUGUUAUUUAAUGUAAAUUAUAAAUUCUAACAAAUGGCGGUAUCUUUUGACUAAAAAUACGAACACUAGCUAGUGAUAAAAUGAGUUUUAUAGACAAUAAUUUUCAAAAUCGAUAGAAUAAUGAACAAUAAAGACCCAUGUCUUGAAAAAAAUUAGGAAAUCCUCUUCUGAACAUUUGAAAAUGCUGUUGCAAUGGUUAAAAUAGGCAACUAAUUUAUUUCUGCUAAUGUCUGUAGUUUCUGAUGAUAUUCCCAUGAUUAUCACAUUAUCCCUAGGAAUAUGUGAUUGUUAACUACAUUUCUAUUUUACAUAUUGCUCUUUCCAGUAACACAAACCCCUCAUUGAUCUGAACAUCAAAAUUGAUUUUCUGAUUAUGUAUACUACCUCUUUAAUUCUGAAGAAACAAGAAUCCAAUGAUGGAAUUUAUCUCCUUAAAUCUCUUGAUUAUCUACAUCUCAUAAAGAUGAACACCAAUGAAGUUUGAUGGCUCUGGUCCACUUCACACAUUAUGCAUAUAUUUUGUGAUUUACAUUAUGCAUAUAUUUUAUAAAUUAUUUAAUUAUCACCAAAAAAUAAAUGUAUAUCAACAGAAUAUGUGUUAAAAUGUAUAUGAUGAGCAAAUAAAAGAUUAUUUUAAAAUACGAA